GAAAAAUGUCAAGGUUGCGCAUGCGCAUAUGUAAAAAAUUAAGUAAACCGAAACGUGAAAUGACGAAUACCAAAACAAAGUAAAAAAGAAGUAAUAUGCUUUGAUGCAAGAAAACCAUGGCUGCUUACUUGUUAUAUAAGCCCACAGGCUGCGCUUGAGCCCAUACAGAACACGGCCGACCAGAAGGCCACGCUAGACCCCCCCCUGGACAAGCUUAGAAAGCCCAAUUUCCUGGAGGAUAGAGAAAACACACCCAUUACCCUAACACCCCACAACCUAAAGCUUUUACCCUACAAAAAAAACAAUAGUGAACUUGGCUUGAAGUUCAAUAAGAAAAAAAUUGAGAGAAGUUGUCUGCGCAGUUACACUUUCACAUAUCUGAGCCCUUUCUUAACCAGUGUGAAGUCCCCACUCCCGAAGUAAAACAACAGAACGUGUGAUCAAGCCAGUUGCUGAUCCCUGAAGAAUAUAACUGAAGCUUAAAACACAGGUUUGAGAGAUGGAUUUGAACAACACGGGCCAUACAGAUGUACCCCUGGUAGCCCUGCCACUGAGGGAUCUGGGAUCCUUUGUGCACGCGCCAACUGUCAGUGAUGCAGAAAUCAGUGAUCAUCGACGUCAGGAUCAAGUAUAUGUCGGCCUCCACCUCCCACGACACCGUGGCCAUCGCCGGGGACGACAUAAACAUCAUUCACGGAAGUCAUCGCAACCCCAGUUGGAGUCGUCUGUUACUGAAGCCACGCCGCCAAGCCAGCAUGUGCAGUUCCUAUUGGAGGAGGAUGAUGAUGAGGAACAUAGGACACAUGACCUGUUCUGUGAGCUCGGGGAGCUGUUCACUCAGGAUGGGGAGAUGCAGUGGAAGGAAACUGCCAGGUGGAUCAAGUUUGAGGAGGAUGUGGAGGAGGGCGGUGAGCGCUGGUCCAAGCCCCAUGUGGCCACCCUGUCCCUACAUCACCUCUUUGAGCUUAGAUCAUGUAUACACAGUGGAACUAUGGUACUGGAUAUGGAUGUGGAGUACUUCCAUCAGGCUGUUGACAUCUUACUGGACAACAUGUGUGCUGGAAAUCAGUUAGAGGAAACCUUAAAGGACCAGGUGCGUGACGUUCUGCUUCAGCGACAUCGACAUCUCAAUGAGAAGCACGAAAAACAUCACCAUAGCAACGGUUCCAGGAUGCACCUCCCCAUUAUACGAUCUCUGGCUGACAUAGGACGGAAAUACUCCUUGCCUCGGGAGAUCCAUCACCAUGAUGAGGAAAGCGUUCCCCAGCCAUCAGGCCAACACCACCAUCACCACGUUAAUUUUGACCCAGAGGUACGGGUCACAAAUUUUGGGCUCCAAGGUGAUGAAAAGCAAUCAUUGAAAGGAGUGAAGACAAUGCCAAACUUCAAUCAGCUUCCCCGUAUAGAGAGCGGUCAAAAGCUGGAAAAUACUCCAAACAACCACCUGGGCACUGGACUGCGACGGAACCAGUCAUCUGGAACUGAUUUGCAUGAGAGCCCAUCUACUGUAAAACUUAAUAGUCACUUCAUGAAGAAGAUCCCGCCAGGCUCCGACGCAGCCAACAUCCUCGUUGGUGAGGUAGAUUUCCUCAACCACAUGAUAGUUGGGUUUAUCCGCCUGAAGAACUCCAGCGUGAUGGGUGACCUGACGGAGGUGCCGGUGCCCACAAAGUUCAUGUUCAUACUGCUGGGCCCAACAGGGAACCAGAGCCGGUACCACGAGAUUGGACGUUCCAUUGCUACUCUCAUGACAGACGAGGUAUUCCAUGAUGUAGCAUACCACGCCCACAACCGGGAAGACCUUCUAGCAGGUAUAGAUGAGUUUCUGGACCAGGUCACAGUGCUACCUCCGGGAGAGUGGGAUCCCAGCAUCCGUAUAGAGCCACCCAAAUCUGUCCCAUCACAGGAGUCACGUAAAACCCCUGCAAAGCAGACACAGUCAGGGGGUCAGUCCCAGCCUGAAGAGGAGGCAGAGGAGUCCCACGGAGAUGACCCUGCCCUACAGAGGACAGGAAGGUUGUUUGGUGGGCUGAUAGCGGAUAUCAAGCGCAAGAAGCCGUUCUAUCUGCAGGACUUCAAGGACGCGCUACAUGUACAGACCCUCGCCUCAUUCCUGUUCCUCUACUUCGCCUGCCUUACCCCAAUCAUCACGUUCGGGGGACUCUUGGCCGACGCCACAAAGAACGAUCUCGGAGCCUUAGAAAGCCUGCUAGCUGGUUCUAUAGUGGGUGUGACAUACGCCCUGUUUUCUGGCCAGCCCCUCACUAUCCUGGGCUCCACCGGACCUGUCCUGGUCUUUGAAGGCAUUCUCUUCAACUUCUGCGAUCAGAUGGGCUGGUACUACCUGUCAUUCCGUUGGUGGGUGGGAAUGUGGACCGGUCUCAUUCUCAUCCUCAUGGUUGCGUUUGACCUCUCCGCCCUUGUGCGAUACAUCACACGUUUUACGGAGGAGAGCUUUGCAGCUCUUAUAUCCAUUAUAUUCAUCAAAGAGGCGAUCUUUAAGCUUGUGCAUAUAACGGAUAUAGCGCCGUAUAACGAAGAUCCGGAUAAGGAGAGGUGUUGGUGUCUCCCGCCGCCACCUUCAAAUACUACUGCUAACAAUAGCAGUAUACUGACUAAUGUCACUGUGGUUGCUGGUAAUACGACGAGUAUGAAACCGUUUCCAUUGCAUACAGCUGAGUGGGAGAUGAUUCACCCGGAGUACUGCGAGCAGCAUGGUGGCGUGCUAAGCAAUGGGUGUAAACAUGUUGCUGAUGUGUUCUUUGUCUGCUGUAUACUGUUUAUAGGCACGUUCUUUAUAGCAUAUGGAUUGAAAAUGAUGAGGAACUUGAGAUUUUUUCCCACACAGGUGCGAGCAAUCAUCAGUGAUUUUGCCGUGAUCAUUGCCAUAGCCGUAAUGAUUGGUUUAGACUUAUAUAUUGGCCUGCCCACUCCUAAACUCCAUGUACCGGAUAAGUUUGAGCCAACAAAUCAUGAAACUCGCGACUGGUUUAUCCCAAUGUUCCAUGAGAAGAACCCCAAGUGGCUUUGUGUGGUGGCUAUUAUCCCGGCGCUACUGGCAACCAUCCUGUUCUUCAUGGAUCAGCAGAUUACCGCCGUUAUCGUGAACAGGAAGGAAAACAAGCUCAAGAAAGGCUAUGGCUACCACCUUGACCUUCUACUAGUAGCCAUUUUGAUAAUAGUGAACUCCAUCCUGGGCCUGCCAUACUUUGUCGCUGCCACUGUGUUAUCCAUCAAUCAUGUUGUGUCACUGAAGAAGGAGUCAACGUGCACGGCCCCAGGGGAGAGGCCAAAGUUCCUGGGGGUCAGGGAGCAGAGGGUGACUGGUGUAUGCAUCUUCUUCAUGAUCGGCCUUUCUGUGUUACUCACAUCUGUCCUUAAGUUCAUCCCGUUGGCAAUCCUGUAUGGUGUUUUCCUCUACAUGGGUUUCUCCUCCCUGAAGGGGAUGCAGCUGGUGAACCGAGUGCUGAUCCUUUUUAUGCCUAUGAAGUACCAGCCUGACUACAUCUAUCUCCGGCACGUGCGCAUACGUCGCGUCCACUUCUUCACUGUUAUACAGGUCAUUUGUCUUGCCCUCCUCUGGACCAUCAAAACAAUCAAGGAUAUCUCCAUCGCAUUCCCACUCAUGGUGCUGGGCAUGUGUUUCAUCAGGAAGGGUCUUGACUGGGUGUUUACCCAGACUGAGCUGAAGUGGUUGGACGACAUUAUGCCCGAGAUCAGCCUGCGUGAGAAGGAUGAUAAACUCUUACAGAAGGAACAGGCAGACAAAGAGCAAGAUGAGUGCGAGACAUUGCUGGACCCGAAGAUUACGCACCCGGGCCAGGAUCCAGGGGAGCUAAACUUCAAGCCCAAGGCUUCAAUAGUCAACCUGGCAAUCAACGGGGGAAAUGACAGUUUUGUAAACCAGGUGAACAUAUCAGAGGAGGUGGCGCGGUGUUCUAUCUGGAAGAACCUUCAGUCAAUCGAGCGGGGUGGCAGUGACCCGUCCCUGGCCAGCAACAACAGUUUGUUGAGUGGAAAUGGAAAUAGCAAAAGGAAACACAAAAAGCGUCACAAGAAGGACAAUGGUCGAGACGUAAAAGGCCUUCCCACAAUUCCCAGUUCUCCAACGGGGAAGGCACCAGGACGCACAGGAAUGGGCGUGGCGUUCUACAUCGACGAGGAGGACAGUGAAAAAGACGAGAAAGACGGGCUGAUCGGUGCGCCCGAGAUUGUUAUAGACCCACCAAGUGGCAACAACAGUGACGAUGGCAGUUAUCGAAAAUAAAGACAUAACUAACAAGCAGGAAUGCAAUAAGUCCAUAUUAUGAUAAAAUCAUAUCACACAUAAAGCCCAAAUAUUCAAACCUGUCACAAAACCCAGUGUUUUUUACAAGCCAAUUUUGAUCACUGUCAAGGUUGAACUCUAGUUGGAUAAUGGAGGACGAUAGGGUGAGGAAAAAAUAUACAUGGGUUUAAUUUUGAAACAAUACUAUGAAAAAAUCUCUAUUAAUGUCACCUAAUAAUGUUUCUUACUCAGUGAUACAAACUCGAUAACAGAGUUGAUGGUGGGAAAACUCAUAAAGUGUUGCAAAUUAGCAGAUAUUAUGUACAACAAAACUAGAUCUAGGUCAAGGUCUCAGCAGUUAUGAUGGGAGACCAUUCUGAUCAACCCUAUAUUAUUGUGUUAUAAACUUACAGCAUUGAUGAUGAGGGAAAUUCAUCUAAGGAUACAAUUUACAGAUGUUAUAAAAAAGUUGUCAACAGAACUAUGCCGAGGUAAUCAGUUAAUAUGUCUAGUGGUACUCUCCGUAGUAAUUUGUAAGGGCAAAACUAGGUCCCCUUAAAAAAAUGGGACAAAAAUAUGUUGCUUAUUAAUGUGGGGCAGAAUUAGGUCACCUUAUAAAUAUUGGGCAAAAUAAGGUCAACUUAAAAUACGGGGCAAAAUUUGGUCACAUAAAAAUUGGGGCGCAAAAUUAGGUCCCCCUAAUAAAAUGGGGCAAAACUAGGUCACCUAUAAAUAAGGAGCAAAACUAGUUUAUCUAAAAAUAUAGGGCAAAACUAGGUUACCUAAAAUAAACUGGUUUAACGAUUAUGAUGGGCAAAUCUGUGUCGACCCAUAUAGUUGGUGGAAACAGAUAAAGAGACCAAUCCAUACAGACUCACCAGAAAAUGAUAGGGCAUAAUGAGAGAUUAGCGCAAGGCGUAACUCAUAUUUCUAUAAAGAGUAGUCACGUCUGCCUUACAACAAGCCCUUAAAAUAUUGAUUGCAAUGAUCUUAACGCAUAUUUAAUUAAUUACACAUAAUUUUGAGGAUCAUAAUAUAUUUUUAUUGGAUUAGAUCAUUCACCAAGAAGUAAAUCUUGGUUGAGUUUUUAAGGUCAAGGACAAAACUGUUACUUAUUAAUUGUAUAAACUGUUUGAUGCUGUUUCUGUGAUCAUGUCUUUAUACUGUAGAUAGUUUUAGUUUCGCGAGGUGAUUUUUUUGUGCGCUUAAAUGGUGUAGGCCAAUUUUGUCAGAUUUAAAUUUUCUAUGUCAUUUGUUGAUCAUCAGAAAACAUUGGUAAAUUUAUAUCUCAUGCGAUCAUAAGCUCAUGUCUUUAUUCAUUCAUAAAAUGCAUGAUUAACAAACCCAUGGUUUCUCAAUUUGUGACCUGAACAUUCCUUAAAAAAUCAAGAAUAGGGAACCGUCCAUUGUACAUGUGCAACCUUAUUAAUUCAUGAAAAAAUUACAAAUAUCAAAACUUCAGCUUAAUAUUUGCAAUCGGAUUGCCUCGUAAAAGCGCCGUGAAAUUAAAUCUUUUUACAGUAGUCUUAUUGAAUAAUCAAUUUGUAUCUCAUGGAAGAAAUAGUGUUGUAUUUGUGGGUAUUAAGUUGCCAUGGUUCAGGUGAUAUGUUCAUGUAUGUAGUGUAUAAAUAUUCAUAUAUUGCCAAUGAUCAGAUUCCAUUGCAGUUCAUUAGUGAGGUGUGUAUCGAGGGUGACAGUAAAAAGGUUCUAUCUCCUUGUUUAUAUAAUAUCAUUUAGAUCCUUUUCGUAAAUGCCCCUUGGUAUGUCAAUUUUGUUUGUAGUUUAUAAGCUAUCGUUUCAAUAUGUUAUUAGUUCAUAUCUAUUUCUUGAUGUGGUUGUUCACCAUUAUGGAGUUUUAUUGCCGGUUAUUUGUAUAUUUUGAAUAAUGAUCUAGCGGGAAUAAGUCAGCAAUUGUUUGGUAUUUAUUGUUUAAGUUUAUAUGCUAUAGAUUUUGAAAGUGUUUUCAAUUUCAAGAGUACGACAUUUUGAUUUCUUUUGGUUUUAAAGAUGCCCCAAUUGUUUAAAACUUGUUUAUUCUUUGGUUUGGUUAGAGUUAGCCAAAAUGUUUACUGAUUGGUCAACAUCUAUCCAAAUAUUAAUGUUAACCAAUCAAAUUGCUUUUAUGUGCAAACUAGCCUACAGCAUCCAAUUGUCUAAAAGGAAGUUAUUUAUUAUUUUAUUGCAAACUAAGACUAAACUAAAGAUUAGAUCAGUAUUUUCAAUCAGCUGCAGAUGUUUAAAUCACAGCAAAUGUGUACAUGUGUAUAAAGUAACUUGAUAGAAAUGAUAUCAUUAUGUUAUUAUCUAUAGAAUGAUAUCAUUAUGUUAUCAUAUUUAGAAUGAUUUCAUUAUGUUAUUAUAUUAAGAAUGAUUUCAUCAUGUUAUUAUCUAUAGAGUGAUAUCAUUAUGUUAUUAUCUAUAGAAUAAUAGCAUUAUGUUAUUAUCUUUAGAAUGAUAUCAUUGUUAUUAUCUAUAGAAAAAAUAGCAUUAUGUUAUUACCUUUAGAAAUGAUUUCACUAUGUUAUUAUCUAUAGAAUUGAUAUCAUUAUGAUAUUAUCUAUAGAAUGUUCUUUUGCAUUGUUAUUGUUUAUUUCAAUAUGUUGUCAUUCAGGUUUGAUUUUUAGAGAUAUAAUAAUAUAAUUUAAUAUUUUUGUAUCACAAUAGUGUAUUGUAUAUUUGUAUAAUAUUUAUUUUAUGAAAACAUAUGUGUUAAGUGCCCUGUAAUCAGAUAGGAAUGAUAUCAGUAUAAAUUUUGCUGCCAUCAGUUCAGACUAGGAUGAACAUGCAAGAUAUCUAGCCAUUCUUAAAUGCCUUAGAAAUCUGCUAUUUGAAUUCCAAACUUUGAACAAAUCAGAAAAAAUGUUCAAAAAGUGUAUUGUUUUGGGGCUUGUGCUUAUUUCGAUCAGUGAUGUUGGUCCUAUGGCUGUCACACCUAUUUUUUAUUAUUGAAAGACAUUUCGCCAAAAUGUAUUAUAGAAGGCAAAUUAUUUUUAUGACAUAUAUAAUUCUCUUACAGAAAUUAUGUAUCUAGAAGAAUAUUAUCUAGAAGAAUAUUUUCUUUUUUUCUGCUUGGCCUUAAAAUAGGAUAUUAGUUCCAUGUAUUGUUGAAAUAAUAAAGUAAACUUUAAACUAAGUACACUGACUUCAUAAUCAAAAAUGUGCAAUUGAGUAGAAUGUUUUUGGAAUAUGUUGAGGCUAUUGUUCAGAACUUUGUUUAAGUUAACAAAAUUGUUAACAUCAUAAUUGUUUACUUUCAAAUGGUUACUGCUCUGGAAGUUUGUUAUGGAUGCAUUUGUAUACAGAAAAGGACUUUCAUAAGGACUUGCAUACUUUGUAUGUUUCUCUCAAAACUAAAAUAUGUUUAAACCAAGAUAUGGCCAGCUGCCUCAGCUGUACUUUUUUGUAGUCAAAUAUGUGAGCACAUUCAAUAAUUCAAGUUAAAAACAAUGUGGUUAAUCAUGUUGUUAACUUUAACAAAGUUCAGAGCAAUUGACUGCCUGUCAAAGGACACAAAAAGGUUUAAUAUCAAAUACACAUGUAAUGUGCUUGUUAACUCUUUUAUAUGUAAGGAUUUUUACACUAAAUUUUUAUUGCUUAGCUUUAAGUUCCAUGUUUUCAUUUUACACUGUUGCUUUGAAGCAGAUUCACAUUUGUGCAAUGAAUAGUUUUUAUUUGAGCUUUAAUGAUAAUCACUAUUUUACAUUUUGCUUUGAUAUGACAGAGUCCUAUAUUGAAGGAUAGUGUGACAUGCUAGAAAUUUCUGUUAUUCUUUCAGUUUAGAACUCCUUAUUCAAUGCAAUUUGUAAUAAAAUUUCAUCUUCAUUCAAAUGUUUUCUAAAAUAUGAAAUGUUUGGCUGAAAGGAACAGUAGAAAACUUGGUAUAAUAACAAUCAAUUUACAAGUUGUCUUGUCUUUUUAUUUGCAGUGAAUAGCAGAUACAAUAUCAAUCAUUCGUGCCUGUACAUGUAUAUACCCAUAUUUAUAAAUAUGCUUCUGCUGAAUGAUUUCUUAACAAUGUAAUGAAACCUUAAGUAAAGUUAAGUAACUCCUUUCUGUAAUGUUACAAUAUUUCUGAAAGGGGAAUAACUAGUAAGUUAAGAAUUACUUGGUCAGACUUAUGAAAAUUAUUAAAAUUUAUAUAAUCACAGAUAAUUUUAACUCAAGCUCGGGGUAAAGUUGUCAUAACCUUCUAUUUUGGGUGGGAGGGGGUGGGGAGAGGACGUUAUACUGUGCAAAAUCCAGAUAGGAAAUGAUAUUUCUGAAGGUAAAUUCAUUAUUAUUUUAAUGUGACUAUAGAUGCAAAGAUACUUGUUAACAACAACUCCUAUAUAUACAUACAUGCAUGUGAAAUUAGGAAUAUCCACUGACAGUAAACCAUAAACCAUACCAAUGCUUAAGGAACAAGAUGGUUAACCUCAGUUCAGAUUUUGAAACUCAGAAAAUAAGUUUAUUAUUGAAAUGUGUUAUUAUUAAAUGUUUACCAAUGGUUUUAUCUGCGGAGGUCAAGGAUAAACAUUGACUUUUUUGUUACUUUAUCUUUAUAUACAUGUUUCAUUUAUAUUUUUAUCAUGAUAACUUUUAGCUUUGGUUGUUAAUUCUUAAGAUUGUAGCUUGAGUUUUUAAUAUUUCAUUUGCAAAUCACCUUCUAGGAUUGUUGCUUGAUUUUAAGAAUUUUUAACAUGAUAAAUUCUGUAAAACACAUAAGUUUUAAUAUUUCACCAAAGGCAUAUCAAGGUUAAUAUGACGGUAAUUUUUGGUUGGAUAUUUUAUUUUUAACUGUUAACAAUAUGCUAGAACAUUUGAUUUCAAAUGUAUUUUAGAAUAUUAGUAUCUAUGUUCGAUUUUACCUCAAUAGUUUGUCCAAAUAUUAUAUUGUCCGCAGCCAAUUGUAUAAUACUUGUAUAAGUUGUCCACAGGUUAUACUUUUGGCUGGUUAGCACACGAAUAUGGUUUGAUUGGUCAGUUCUUAUUAUUGGAUAAAUAUUGACCAAUCAAUAAACAUUUUGGUUAUCUUUGACCAGACUAAAGUUUUAGCCAGUUAUAUACAAAUGGGAACUGAUGUACACGGCCACAAUCAAACAUAAAUGGUUUUGGCCUUAACUGACUGACCCAUAAAAAAUAUGUGACCAGGAUUUUUUCCUGUCUCUCCAGUGGUCAUUUUUUUUUUUUGGAAAAAAAAUAUCUACAUGUACUUGCUCACACAUCAAGAUAUGGGUCAGGUAAGCUGAAAGGAAGUGUUUUUGAAUUAUGGCUGUAUUCUACUUUUUUUUAAAUAACAUUUUGAAAUCUAUUUGAAGAAAUCCUUUUAUGCAUAAUACAUUUUUACAUUAUAGUUUAUGUACAUGUGUAGGAGAAAUGUCAUUAUAGUAGUUUUUAUGUACCACAUCUUAUACUUAAAACUUACAAUACAUGUGCGAAAACCUCGUAUCAGAAAUGUGCUUUAAAUAAUAAGGCUUUCCUGCACCACGAAUGUCUACUUGAUGUUGAUUGUUUUCCAGUGUUUUUGAUUUUUUCUUCACUUUAUGUUAAUUCAUUGUUUCCAUGGCAAUACUUUUGUUUACUAACCAAGUUUUCCCAAACUUUUUAGUUUGCUUAUCCAUAUGUGAAAUUACAAUGCUAUAUACUUGUUCUAGUAGUUAAAUCAUGUAUACCGGUAAAAGGAAUAAGUUCUGAAGCAGAACCAAAGCCAGGCUUUCUGGAAAACAUGGAACAACUAUGUUUAUUAUUUACAAUGUGGAGGUAAUAGUUAGAAUACUGAUUGGGUGAUAUUGUACUCUUGCCAAAGGUAAGAAUCUCAACGUUGGACAGGGGUUAUAUUUUUGAUUUUCGUAUUGUCUGUAACUUGAAAAAGUUUCUAUGUCUUUUGCCUAUUAAACUGAAAUAUUUGAGCUCAGUUUUGAAUAUUGAACUACUGCAUUGAGCUUACGGAAUAAAUUAUCACACAACUGCAUUGAGCUUACGGAUUAAAUUAUCACACAACUGCAUUCAGCUUAUGGAAUAAGUUGCAUUGUUUUUACAUAUUUUAAGAGAUCUUUAGUUCUUAUUGUUUUAUCAUGAUUGAAAAAGGCUUUGAAUGGUAUGAUACUGUGUAUUGUUAUACAGAAUAAUUUGACAUAUUAUGAACUGCAAUAAAAUGAUCAAAUAAUUGUAUGGUAAUAAUUAAAGCUAUAUGAUAUUGUAAAAAUUGCACAGUAUGCUAGGGUGUGUUGAAUGUUCCUAUAGGUAAAGGAACUGUUAACAGUUUGAAAGUUGUUUCUUUAUUUGAUUUGAUUUGAUUAAUAGUUCGAUUAUACCAUUUUGUGUGAAAGUUUUGGCUUUUUUUAAAUGGAAUGCAAUACUGUAGAAAUUGAAUAUGUGAUGUAAUGUCAUUCAGAAUAAAUGUAUCAUUAAUACUGGUAUUUGUGAACACCACUGCAACUGAGGACUUAUCAAUCAAUGUGAUAACAGUAAAGAAUUGAUCGCACUUAUUCUUGCGUUUAUGAUUUAUGAACUCAGAUAGGGCAUGCAAGGAAAUUCCAUGAAGCGCCCUGGUUUUUUGGGGGUAUUUGCUCUCUUGCCCUACUGUAUUCAUACAGCAUAAGUGGCAAGAACAAAUGUGACCAAUCCUUUAUAUUAACGUUUAAAAUAAUUAUUCAUUAUGAUUAGAAAUACGCAGUAUCUUCUGCAAUUGAGUAUUUUCUUCUUAAAGAAAUGUAACUGACAACAUAGGUUUAUAUAAAAAAAAAAGAAUAGUUGAUAUUUGUAACGUCUUAUAUUAUAGGUUAAAUGACUUCACGCUAAUCCUGAAAUAUACAAUGCGUCAUAACUCCUUGCGUGUUAUACAAUAUGAACGUCAAGUUUUAUCUAUAGAAAGGACUAGGUGAAUGUAAAUAAUUACUGGUAACUACAUAUAAUUAUUAUCAUUAUCUCUAAUGUAUUGCAACUUUUGCUAGCAAUACCAAUGUUUUAACCUUACACAAUGUGGGUUCUCAUGUUGCUACCUCUUUUCACCGAUUGAUAGUUCAGACUCUAAUAUUUAAAGUCAGGCAUUUGAUAACAAAACACAUUAGCUCAAUGAGCUAUUUUCUGACCCUUUGCCAACACCUUAAAAAACCUGCCCUUUCCCAUUAAAUUUAGUUGAGUUGCAUAACGUAGAGCAAUUUCUAUGAAAGUAAGUACAUGUAGGUCAGUUUCCUUGGAAUUAUACUUAUAGGGCCGACUUUUAACAGUUAUUCAAGUUAAAAGUGCUUAUUAGAUUAAUAGUUUCCAAUCAAUGAAUGUGCUAGUGUUCUGGGUAUCUUUAUUUAAACCAUCGAGUUUCAAGCAUUUUUUAAGCUUUUCCAUAUAUUAUAAUCAGUUUAUAAAUUACCAGUCACACUUUGAAAUUGGUUUCAAUUCAUACAUACCGUAGAUACUUUUUGAAAUAUUUUAAGUUUGGGUUUUUAGGGUCAGAUCUUUGGAAUUUCCCACUAUUAAAAAGUAAUAAAGAUAUGACAAUAAAUUAUUACCUUAAUUAGUGUGAUAUUAUUUUAUAACAGGGUAGAUAGAGUGGAAAUGCUUUUUUUGAAAUGGUUAGAUUUUAUUUUUGAGCGGUUAAUGCUAAAUCAGAAUUGUCUUAAGAUGUCGGUAAUCAUUUUGAGUUGAGUUGUUCAAAUGGAAUUGUUAAAGGUAGCAGUCAUUCACACUGUGUACAGUUAGAUGUUUUUGAUGAAUAAAGGUCUGUAUUAGAUGCAAA